AUGAAAUUAAAAGAAGCGAAGUGGAUACUUGAUGGAAUAGAAGGAUUCGCCUGCCCAAAGAUAAAAUACGAGCAAUAUAUGACACCAUCUGAACUGGCAUGUGCUGUAGUGCAUGUUAUGGCUGUAGAAUAUAAUGACAUACAAGACAAGGAUGUAUUAGACCUUGGCUGUGGGACUGGAAUGCUUAGUGCUGCAGUCAUUCUAUAUGGUGCCAAUAAGGUUAUGGGAAUAGACAUUGACUCUUCUGUUGAAGAUAAGUAUAAUUGUAAUUUAAGCAAAGUUUCUGAGGGUCAGCACACAUUCUGUAAUUUAGACGUUCAAAGCGAUGAGUUUGGCUCUAUUCCUCAGUUCAACACAGCAAUAAUAAACCCACCCUUUGGCACAAAAAACAACAGCGGGAUUGAUGCAAUUUUCUUAGAAAAGGCUUUAGAAAAGGCGGAUGUAGUGUAUUCCAUGCAUAAAACCAGCACCCGUGAAUACUUUAAGAACAAAUACAGCGGAAGAAUCAAAGUUUUAUCCAAAAUGUAUUUUGAGCUUAAAAAGACGUAUAAAUUUCAAAAAAAGGAAAGUGUGCAUGUUGUGGUUGAUUUAAUACGUGUGACUAGAGCAUAA